UGCGCGUGCGCGCGGCGGGGCUCGCGCGGGGCCCCACCCCUUCCCCGGCGGCCACUCCUCUUGGCCCGGGCGACCCGCCGCCGGCAGACUGCACCCCAGAGGGACCUCGCCCACGCUGCCCGCCCCCCUCCGCAGCGGGCGGGUGGAGAGGCGACCGCAGGGGCAGGGGCCGGCGGCCCAGCAGGUCUGACUCCCGCAGCACGGGCUCUGGUGACGGCCAGCUCCAGCCUCCGUUUACCCAGAGACAGGACUCCGGGCAGGAAACGUUGGCCGCGCCGUAGGUCACCAUUCAGGGUGUGAGAUUGAGCCCCGUGUCCAGCUCCACACUCAGUAGAAGUCUGCUUGAGAUUCUCUCUCUCUCCUCUCUAAAUGAAUAAAUGAAUGAAUGAAUGAUUUCUGGAGGGACGUAUAAGAAACCAGUAACACGCAUCCGUCUUGGGCCCAGGAGGGAGACUUCCACCUGUACACCUUUCAGAUGUCUCACGUGUAUUUACUGCUGACCGGGAAACUCAACAUCAGUAAUACUUGUAAUGCACUGUCCUCUGCGCUCAGCCUUCGGGUCCCACGUCACUUAGGGAUUCAGAGACUGCUCAGGAAAGGAGCGGUCUGCCCUCAUGGGUUGGGAUCUGCAUCUGACUUCACUCGCCUAAACUUGCCAAGAGCUCCAAGGAGAAGAACACCCAGGAAAUAGCCUCUGGCGACAGGGUUGCAGAGGUCUCAGCAGGCUCUGCGUGGGGGCGGAGUCUCCGCCAGGGCCCAGGAGACUGGGACGAGGGGGUGGCCAGAGCCACUGAAAGCAGGCUUCCCAGCCGUGCUGCUCCACUUGGCUGUUCCUGGAAUCACUCAGGCUGCUUGGCCCCGUCCAGGUCUGCCUGGGCUGAUGAAAGCAGAUUUCCCAUCCAGACCCAGUCACCAGGUGUGCCGGCGGCUGUCCUAGUCCAGGAGCUGAUGCUGAGCACAUCCCCUCUUGCUCCUCCACCAGCAACCAGGAGCGGAGCUCUGGGAUGUGCAUAUGACGAUGGACAGCAAGGACCUAGAAGCCGAAAUCCACCCCCUGAGGAAUGAAGACAAGAGGCUGCCCGAGACCCCAGGAAACCCGGGCCACGCAGACGAGAAGCUGAAAAGCUCGCCCCGGCAGCCCCGCCUCUCCCGGUGCCGCACCGUCGUGUUUUUUCUUUCACUGUUUGUCUGCCUGUUCGUAGUGUUCGUAGUUUCGUUCAUCAUCCCGUGCCCGGAACGGCCCGCGUCGCAGGGGAUGUGGCGGAUAGACUACAGCGCGGCAGUCACCUAUGACUUCCUGGCUACAGAAGACAUCAACAGGGACAGGAUCCAGGAUGUUCUCUUUCUUUAUAAAAAUGCCAACGGCAGCAACAACUUCAACCUAUCCUGCACCGACGAAGGCUUUUCCUCCCCCUGCACCUUUGUGGCUGCCGUGUCAGGGGCCAGUGGCAGCGUGCUCUGGGAGAGGCCCGCGGCCCAGGACGGCGCCCUCGUGCGGUGCUCUGUCCCACAGACACAGGGCAGCAGGACGUCCUCUGCCUGCAUCCUCGUGGGCAGACCCAGCUCCUUCGUUGCCGUGGACUUAUUCACAGGGGAGACCCUGUGGAGCCAGCCCCGUGGCUUUGAGAGGAACACUUCCGACCUGAGCUCGUUACUCCAACUGCCCGAUGUCGAUGCCGACGGGGCCCCAGACCUGCUGCUUCUCACCCAGGAGGACAAGGAGGUCAGCGGCUACCUCUACUCUGGCAGCACCGGACGCCAGAUCGGCCACCGCGGCACUCUUGGUGUGGGCGGGACCGCUGGCUCCCUCCUGCACGUCACCAGAGCGGGCGCUCACUACAUCCUCUUCCCUUGCCCAAGCUCCCUGUGCGGCUGCUCCGUGAAGGGCCUGCACGAGGCAGCGACCGGGGGAGCGAGCCCCCUGCGCAGAGACCUGCUGUGGGAGCGCAUGCUCAACGCCACCCCCCACGGGCCACUUGGGCGCAGCCCAGGAGCCCUCCGCCACCUGACGCACGUGCCGGGGAAGGCGGGCGAGGACCUCCUCCUCGUGACUUCGGAGGCCUGUGUGCUGCUCAACGGCCAGGACCUGACACCCCGGUGGACCUUCCGCACUGCCCAGGUCUUCAGAAAACCUAUCCUCGGCCACUACAAACCUGACACCCCUGCCGUGGUCAUCGAAAACGGAACCGGCACCGACAGACAGAUCCUGCUCCUGGACCUGGGCAGCGGGGCCGUCCUGUGGAGCCAGGCCCUCCGGGGCCUCCCUGGGGACCCGCAGUCCGCCAGCCUGCCAACCGCAGACCACCGCUCAGCCUUCUUCUUCUGGGGCCUCCACGAGCUCUCGGAGCUCUCCAGCACCAACCAGACGAGGCCCCAGGACGCACAGCACAGCCUGUACAUGUUCCACCCCACGCUGCCGGGCGUCCUGCUGGAGCUGGCCAACAUCUCCGCCAACAUUGUCGCCUUCCAAGCGGUCCUGUUUGAGCCGAGCCGCCACGCUGCCUGCGUCCUCCUGAUGGGCCCGGCCGGCCCUGACACGCCUGGCACAGUCUCUGUGGCCAAGCACAAGGUGCAGGACCUUGUCCCAGGCAGUAGGGUGGUUCGCCUGGCGGAGGGCGGGCCUGACAGUGACCAGGCUGUCCGGGACCGGUUCUCCCGCCUGCGGUACCGGAGUGAGGCAUAGACGCGUGGUGGCCAGCGGAUGCGGGAUACACUCCAGCUGCUGCCAUUAAACCCCACAGGAAGUCCGUCCUUCCCUGGGUGUGCACUCCAACCCCCGUACUCCUGGUCCAGAAUCCCCGUCCUACCCAGGGGUGCCCGGGCCGCUCCCAUCACCUGUGCAGCCACAUGCCCCCCAGUCCUCACCCUGCCGCCUGGGGUCACACUCAAAGCCGCUGCCAUCAUCGUGUUUCCUUGGGUAGAGCGGGGCCCCACAGCACCACCCCCGCUCAUCCACACCGGGUCCCUGUCUGCAGAUCCCCCUGGGGCCUGGGAGGGUGGCUGGCUCCGGGUGGCCUCGGGGCACCAGCUGGGCCCUUGAGGCAGUUCCUGGUCCCAACCUUUCCUGGAGCAAGUAGGGGAGGACUCAGGCCUGGUUGGUGGAGACAGGCCCCCGAGGGACGGGGCUGCGAGGUGCGCCCAGGGGUGCUUCCAUCCUUGCGUCGGCUGCACGUGCUGCGAACGUCCUGAGGAACUGGCCGCCGGGGGCACGUGGGGGUCGGUCUGCCCCUCAGUACACACUGGAGCUGCUUAUCCCUUGGGGGUCCCCAUCCCCUGGCCGAUGCCUGGCCGCCUCCUGGUGCUUGGAUGCCCCCUGCGGUUGGUACCACCGACACAGGACUCACCUUCGUGCCUUGCCGUGCCCCAGGCCCGCCAUGGCGCUGUGGGGCUCUCGGUGCCCCGAUGACCCGGGCCCCGCGGGAGACAGCGGAAUAAAUGGUUUGCACUGAGA